UCGGCCGCCAGGCUCGGCUACCACAAGAAGGUGGUGGAUCACUACGAGAACCCACGCAAUGUUGGCUCCCUCGACCGCAAUGCCAAGAACGUGGGCACAGGGCUGAUGGAAGCCCCGGCCUGCGGCGACGUCAUGAAGCUCCAGGUGGAAGUGGAUGAGAAUGGGAGGAUCGUGGAUGCUCGAUUCAAGACCUUCGGCUGUGGCUCAGCCAUCGCGUCCAGCUCUCUGGCCACAGAGUGGGUCAAGGGGAAAACGGUUGAUGAAGCUCUGAAGAUCAAGAACACAGACAUUGCCAAGGAACUCUGCCUUCCUCCAGUCAAACUGCACUGCUCCAUGCUGGCUGAAGAUGCCAUCCGAGCUGCCCUGGCUGACUACAAACUGAAGCAGGAUCCCAGCAAGGAGUCAGAGCCCAAAGCCACCGAUGCCUGAACGGACUGCAGAGCUUCUCCUCGUUCCUCCUCACUCACUUUGCAGUGCAAUUACUGAGCUCUUCGUAGGAUCCUGUGCACUACUCAAGCUGUAAGAUACGCACAAGUCAC